UGUGAAUCACCCUAUAUUUUUUAAUGUUGUUUUCGUGCGUGUACCAUAUGGUACCCAUUAUAAUCGCAUAUUAUCUAAUAAUGAUUACGUUCCCAAGAACAUAAAUGUUAUAAACAGUAAAACCUUCCAUUAACUAAUUCUCUAGCCACCGUCUGACCCCCUAUCUAAAUGACUUUUUAACCACUUUUUGAUAAAUUUUUAUUUAAAAAUGUGCAAACGACACUUAUUGCCAGUCGAUCUUAAAAAUGUCCCCUACGAGAGUCUGCUUUCUUUUGUUUGUUUUAUUCGGUUUUUUGGCUUCGUCGUUUGCUGGUACUCUCACCUCUAGAUCUUCCAGAAGAAUUCAUAUUCCAUCUUUGGGUUUAGGCCCACGCUGCACUGGAUGCCCACCACAUUUCUGUGACGAUGACCCAGCCAUCAUCCAUGGGUACUGUUGUGGCUGUGCUAGAUUUUUCGAUGUGCUUCCUGUAAAUUGUCCGCCUCAUCUGGAUUGUCCUCUGAAUAAUUACGACCUGUGCGAAGAUUAUGAGUACAUGAUGUAUUGUUGUUGUGCUUAAGUGCAUUUUUGUACAACCCGUAAUAUGUUUUAUAUUGUUUGAUCUUUA